AUGGCGCAGGACUAUCAAUUGUACGUUUUGGCAGCGCUUUUCAUCACUCUUAUUGGCAACGUUGCUGGUUUGGAAUUGGAAAAUAUUGUUGGGGGUAAAACAGCAAACAUAAAUGAUAACAACUAUGCAGUUUCAGUACAUAUAAUCAGAGGCCAAAUUUGUAGUGGCGUUCUUAUUGAGGAUGAUGUAGUUUUAACUGCAGCUCAUUGCUUUGACAGGAAUGAAAAAAAAUUCAGUCCUUUUAAAUACCGUGACGAAUCAUAUUUUGUUGUCGCAGGGACGAGCAAAAGUACAGAUCAUACCCACAUGAUAAAUGUGGAGAAAGUUUACCUUCACGCAAGAUACGAAAAGCGUGAAAGAAAUCUUAAUGACAUUGCUGUCUUAAAACUCCAAAAAAAAUUCAAUGUAAUUAACUCUCCGAAUAUUGGUGUAGCACAGUUGCCAAAAAAAGAUAAAAAUUAUAUUGGAAAAAUAGCAAAAGUAUUGGGUUUCGGCGCUGAUGCCGUUAGGUAUCUAGGUAAUGGCAACUGGCAGGCGUCAAACUUUCCUGAUGUAUUGAAACAAGUAAAUGUUACAAUUCUCGAUCAAACAGACUGUGAGGCAGACAUGAAUCAAGGAUUUUUGUGUGGAAAGACUAAAGAGCUUAGAAACCAAGGGGAUCAAGGCGUUUGCGAUGGCGAUAGUGGUGGUCCUGUUAUGUUUGAAGACACAGUUAUUGGAAUCGUUAGUGCAUCGUCGCAUCACUGUGAUAAUAGAUACAAAUCGGCAAUAUUCACAAAUGUUUCAAAGUUCUUGAACUUUAUUGAAAAUGCAAAAAAGGACUGUGAAAUUGCUGGUUUAGAAUCGGAAAAUAUUAUUGGGGGUGUGAGAGCGAGAAUAGAAAAUAACAAUUACGUGGUUUCCGUACAAGAUGACGAAGAUCACCUUUGUAGUGGCACACUCAUUGAAGAUGAUAUGGUUUUGACUGCAGCUCACUGUUUUUUGGAUGAAAAAAUAAAAAAUUCUUAUGUUUAUGUAGACGAACCAUACUUUGUCGUCGCAGGGACAGCAGACGUUCAAAAUUUUGAUCACAGAAUACGUGUGGACAAAGUUUAUCUUCACACUAAGUACGAAGUGGUUGAUAAUGUUUUGAAUGACAUAGCUGUCUUAAAGAUGAAUAUAGAAUUGAUACUUAAACAAAUCAUGCCUAUUUGUUGA